UUUCUCUGUCCUACCCUCUUAAUGAUUAACUUGCGGGCUGCUGUUAGCAGGACCUUGGCCACAGAAUUAUAGUGUUUUUCCAGUUUGGCGAAAGGUGUGUGACGGCAGACCUUGUUAUAAUCGGCCGUCAUCAUGCAAGAUGAGACUCGGCAGCUCAGCCUCAAGCGUGAAGUGGGCCUGGCGGGCGCCGUGUCCCUCAUCGGGGGGACGAUGAUCGGCUCGGGGAUCUUCAUGUCACCGCAGACGGUGCUCGCCACCGUCGGCAGCCCCGGAGCCAGUCUGGUGGUGUGGGCGUGCUGCGGUCUGCUGGUCAUACUUGCUUCUUUUUGCUAUAUUGAACUGGGGACCGUCAUGAGAGAAUCUGGCGGAGAGUACGUCUACAUCCUCAGGACGUCAGGCCCAGUCGUUGCCUUUAUGUUAAUCUUCAGCUCUGUUUUAUUUGUCAGACCCGCCGGUGUGGUCGGCAUCUCGCUCAGUUUCGCUCAGUAUGUUGCGGCCCCGUUUUACCCAGAUUGUGCGCCUCCUGUUAUGCUGGUCAAGUGUGUGGCCGCAGCCGCAAUUAUUACGGUGGCUACGGUGAAUUGUCUUAACGUUCGCUUUUCAAUGUCGGUGCAAGUGUUUUUAAUGGUGGCUAAGGUCCUGGCGCUGGCAGUCAUAAUAGUAGGAGGUGUGGUGAUGCUCGCCAGAGGAAACACUGAAAACUUUCAAGACUCAUUUGAGAACUCAAAUGUUGGCAUCAAUCCAAUUGGUGUUGCUUUCUACCAGGGGCUGUGGUCAUAUGAUGGCUGGAAUAACCUCAACUAUGUGACAGAGGAAUUAAAACGUCCAGAGGUGAAUCUUCCGAGAGCAGUAGUGAUUGCAAUCUCAACGGUGACUGGCUUGUAUCUGCUGGUGAACGUCAGCUACCUGACAGUAAUGACGCCGAAAGAGCUCAUUUCAUCCAAUGCAGUGGCUGUCACAUGGGGGAACAAAGUGUUAGGAUCCUGGGGAUGGAUCAUGUCAAUAGCUGCAGCUUUGUCAGCUUUUGGGUCACUGAACGGGACGUUCUUCAGUGGUGGACGCGUGUGCUUUGUUGCUGCACGCGAAGGACACAUGCCGGAUAUUCUGUCCAUGGCUCACGUACACAGACUGACUCCAUCGCCAGCACUAAUUUUCACCACUGUCGUCUCCUUGCUGGUGCUCAUCCCCGGAGACUUUCAGACUAUUGUCAACUUCUUCAGUUUCACGGCCUGGUUUUUUUAUGCCAUCACAUUGUUUGGUCUCCUCUACCUCAAGAUCAAGAAGCCAGAGCUCCCAAGGCCAUACAGGGUUCCCAUUAUACUGCCCAUACUGGUCCUCAUCGCAGCAGUAUUCCUUGUGCUGGCCCCCAUCAUUGACAAUCCGCAGAUCGAAUACCUCUAUGUGACUUUAUUUAUCUUCAGUGGGGUCAUCAUCUACAUACCUUUCAUUCAUUACAAGCUAUGCCCGGGCCUGUUAACAAAGUUGACCAUAUUCCUGCAGCUAUUUUUACAGGUUGCCCCAGCAGAGAAAAACCUAUGAUGUGGGCUUAAAGAUUUCAUUUAUUUGAAUUUCCUGCUGUUUACUGGCAAUUUCGAUCUCUAUGAAACUUCAACCUAAUUGCAGUGCUGUACACGUUACAUAACCUGCUAGGCCAAUACAAAUAAUCACACCGUGUCAUAUUUUUUUGAAACUACCAUUCCACAAUUUAAGUCUAACAGACCUCUGAUAUUGUCAUCCUGGAAUGGAAAAACUUGCUUAAACAGUAAACAUAGGAGGCAAGAAUACCUCAUUUUUUACAGUUGUUUUAAUUGAUUUCACUCAAAGAAGUUAUUUUCUUAAUCAAACACAAUGAUUAUCAAUAUCCUGUGGCAUUUUAAUAAUGUGUUAGGCAGUUGUUAACCGUGUUUAAUUUGAGUAGUUAAAUGUUUUUUUUCUUAUGGUCAAUAACCUGAGCCUCCUAAGAGUUGCAUCGUCUGCACCAGUAUGGGAAAGGUCUAAGAUAGUGUAAUGGUUGUUCCUCACUGCAUUGACUACAGUUCAUUAACUUAAUUACAAAGCACUUUGCAAGCAGGUUUUCUUCUCAUCGGUUUUCUCUGGGUACAUGGGCUGUCUCCCACAUUCCAAAAACAUGCAUAUUAGGUUUAUUGAAAACAAGUCUAAAUUGUCCACAGGUGUGAAUGUGAAUGGUUGUUUGUUGUUUCUAUAUGUGCCCUGCAAUCGGCUGGCGACGAGUCCAAGGU